AUGGAAAAUUGUAUACCUAAGAAUUUCGCUAUUUCUGGAACGGCAGGAUUUUCGCUAACCUUCACAGAACCAUUUAGGACUAUUAGAACUCACAUACAAAAUAGAACUAAAUUCUUAAAAACGGAAAAUAACGAAGAUUUAUUUAGAGAAGAAUGCAUAAAAUUAGCUGAUUAUCUAAUUGGAAAAAUGUCUCCUCCGAAGUCUAUAUCUCCUACUAUGUGGGAAGCGUUAUUGAAGUUUUAUCUAAAUCAUUACUUUAAGGAUUUAACUAAGUAUGGUGGAUGUCCUAUGAUUUUAAAAAAAGAAGAUAAAGAACUUUUAAAAUUAAAAUAUAAAGAAGACUAUUUCUGUAAAAAAAGACGUAGCGAUUUGAAUGUAAUAGAAAUCAUAAGAAAAAGAAACUCAGGUAAAUGUGAAAAUACAUGUUUAACAAAAUGUAAAGAAUAUAAUAAUUGGAUUAAGCAAAUUUAUAAUGAAUUUAAUGAAAAGAGAAACCUUUUCGAAAGUUGUUACAAAAUAGAACCAAGAAAAAAGACCAAAAAACUAACUAAAGAAUCGAUAUGUGAUAUAAUGAAUGAAGAAACUUUUAAAGAACUUCCUUAUUGCUUAAAUGUGAACUCAGUUGAAAGUACUGAACAUUUACGUGAAAAUGAAAAUAAAAUUUUACCAGAGAAAAGUCAAGAUACCCCUCAAAUUAUGCCUAAACCUCAAGGUCAACAAGAAGAACAUUUGAAAUUUACACCCGCAACUAGGGAUGAACAACAACCAGAAAUUUCACCAGAGUCUCCAGUACAACAUCCCCCAGAAGAUUCACAAGAACUUCUACAACAUGUUUCAUUAGAAACAGCUGAAACAGAAGCUUCAGACAUGCAAGAUUCAACUAAAGAGACCAUUGAUAUACAACCUAUAGUAAUAACAUCAUUAAAAACAUCUAGAGAUCCUGAUAAUGCAGACAUAACUUCAGCAGGUAAUAAUAGAUUUCCCUCUCCAGUUAUUCAAGAAACACAAGCAUCGCCUAGUCGCAAAUAUACUGAGCUAACUCAUCAAGCAUCAAGUUAUACCUCAGUCCAAUUUCCUCUUAAAAAUCUCCAUAGUACAGGAAAUUUAAAAAAAAAUAAAAAGACGAGAAGAAGACAAGUGAAAUUUCUCAGAUUACUAGUACCUUCAUUUUCUAAAAAUAAAAAUAAGAUAUUAAUAGAUGAUCAUUUAGAUCAGCCAAUAUAUGAUGAAAAAGAAAUCAUAAAAAAAAUUAAAAUAAAUGAACUUACAAAAAAUGUAAACUUGUCAAAGCAAAAAAAAGACAGGUCCAAAACCAUAAUAGAAGUACAUAUGGAAGUACUAGAAGAAUGCAAAAAUGAAGAAUGGGAAACCAAAAAAUUAGCAUUCUUAGAAAUAUGUAUAAAAGAGUUAGAAAUAUCACAGUGUACAUCGAGUAAUAUUUUAAAAAAUUUUGAACUAAUGCAAAAUAUUGACACAUGCAGUGAUAAUGAAAAACAAAAAAUUCUAUGGAAUGAGUUGAUAGAAGAACAUAAAAAUCUUUCUGAAAAAUUAAAAAAUGAACACUGGUUUAAUAAUAUGAAAAAGGAUUGGAAAAGAGAACAAACUCACCAAAAAAAAGGUGAAGCAUUAAAUAAGGAAUUUUCGAAUCAAAAUAAAAAUACCUUAUUAUUAGAAAGAGAAAAAGAUCUAUGGAGACAGUGGAUAUCAAAAAUGCAUGCAACUUUAGAACAUCAUUUGGAACAGGACGGGCUUAGAGGAUUGAACGCGGAAUUGCACAAUGUGUUAGAUGAAUAUGUAAAUGAAGAAACCCAAAAUAAUGUUUCACUACUAAAUACAGAAGAAUUGAAGCAGAAAGGAUGUUACAAAGAUUUAUAUAAGUAUAUAAGAAAAAAAUUACUAGCAAAAAUGUGCAUACUAGUAUUUAUGAUAAUACUGGAAGAAUGUAAAAAAGAGGAUAUUAUAGAAAAUACCGAAUCAUAUUUUGAUAGUUCUAUAAAUGAAUUAAAGAGAGAAGUAAAUUUAGGGAAAAAAACAGAAAUUGCGAAUAAUUUAAUUGACACUGACAAAAAUGUUUUGGAAAAUAAAGAAAAUAUUGAUCAUAAGGAGGAACCCAACUUUAGAAAUGAAAUAAAUGACUGGACAAGGGACGAUGACACAUACGUAAAUUUCAUAAUUAAUGAUGAAGAAGUAAACAAAUCCAUUGAUGUACCAGGAAAAAAUACAUUAUAA